CCGCUGCCGCUGCCGCUGCUGCUGGCCGGGCUGGGGCUGGGGCUCGGGGGGGAACCGGAGCCGGCCGCCCCCUCGGGCGCGCAGUGCCUGGAGAACGACUGCUUCGGGGUCUUCUGGGCGGCGCGGCCCUUCGCGGAGGCCAGCGCGGUGUGCGAGGGGGGCGGCGGGCACCUGAUGACCGUCCGCUCCACCGUGGCGGAGGACGCCAUCGCCGUGCUGCUGCAGAACCGCAGCGGGAGGCUGUGGCUGGGGCUGCGCCUCCCCUCGCCCUGCACCGACCCGGCCCAGCGCCUCCGAGGCUUCCAGUGGGUGACGGGCGACCGCCGCACCGACUACUCCAACUGGGCGCCGUCGGGGCGGCGGUGCGGGGAGCGCUGCGUGACCGUGUCGCGGGAGCUGCGCUGGGAGGAGCGGAGCUGCCAGGAGCCGGCCGACGGCUUCCUCUGCGAGUACAACUACGGGGGGAGCUGCCCGCGCCUGCCCCCCGCCGAGGGGCUCCCCGUCACCUACGCCACCCCCUUCGGCGCCCGCGGAGCGGAUUUCCUGGCCCUGCCGCCCCGCAGCGCCGCCGUCGUACCGGCCAUGGGGCUGGAGCUGCGCUGCGACGAGGUGGAGGAGGGCGGGAGGCUGCGCUGGGGCCGCGCCGUCCCGGGAGCCUGGCCCUGCCGCCUGGAUAACGGGGGCUGCGAGGGGUUGUGCGAGGAGGAGGGGGGGCGGCCGCGCUGCUCCUGCCCCGACGGCAAGGUGCUGGCUCCCGACGGCCGCAGCUGCAGCUCUCCCUGCGCCGGAGCGCCCUGCCAGCAUCACUGCAUCGUGGCCGGUGCCGAUUUCGUCUGCAUGUGCGAGCCGGGCUACCGGCUGGCCGCCGACGGCACCAGCUGCGAGGAUGACGAUGACUGCGCCGUGGUGCCCAGGCUGUGCGAGCAGGUCUGCGUCAACACCGAGGGGGGCUUCGAGUGCCACUGCCACAGCGGCUACCAGAUGGUGGAGGGACACUGCCGGCCCCACUGCUACGAGGCGCCCUGCGAACAGCAGUGCGAGGACGUGCCCGACGGGUACCGCUGCGGCUGCUUCCUGGGCUACGCCGUGGACCCCGAGGCGCCCGACCGCUGCGUGCUGCACUGCAACCGCAGCCAGUGCCCGGCCCAGUGCGACGCGCACACCAUGUCCUGCGAGUGCCCCGAGGGCUUCCUGCUGGACGAGGACGCCGACGGCGGCGGGGGGGUCUGCGUGGACAUCGACGAGUGCGAGAUGAACUACUGCCAGCACAACUGCACCAACCGCCCCGGCGGCUACGAGUGCCGCUGCCUCGACGGCUACCGGCUCCUCGACCAGAACAACUGCGUCAAAAUCCCCGAGGAGGAUGGGGAGGGAGCCUUCUCGGGGGAUUUCGGGCCGGGACCCCAGACUCCCACCCCAAGCCCGGCCCCGCCAAAGGUAGAGCACCUCCACCCCUGCGCGCUGGUGGGCAUCGCCAUGGGCGUCCUCUCUGCGGCCGUGGUCCUCCUGGCCCUGGGGUACUACCUGGUGAAGAAGCGCUGCAGGCCCCCUGCCACCAUGAAUUACAAGUGCAGCGGCCCCCACGAAAAGGAGAUGGGACUUCAGCCGGUCCCCUCAGGGUGUGCCACCUCCGGCCAGAAACUGUAGGGAGGCUGGGAUGGAUGGAUGGAGAGGGGGAAGUGGACGGAACUGGGUAACACUGAGUUUCCCCCGUGCUGCCAAUUUUGUAAUGAUAGAGAGAAUUUGGGAAAAGCUGUGAUCACCCCCGCUUCCAAAAACGCUCGCUGCUUCCCGGCUGGCUCUUGCAAUUCUUCAGGCCAGAGAGCAGGGAAGGUGGAGGGCACGGAGCGCCUCUCCCAUCCUGCUCCCUUCGCAGGCAGAGGAGGGGGUUCAGCUUUCCUUUGCCCGAGCCAGCAGCUUGGGGGGGCUCCCAGGAAAAGUCACACGUAUGUCACAGGAGGAGUGUCUCCCUCGGGAACCGACUGUUUAAAUCCACAUCAAUGUGGGGCCAAAGCGUGUGUUCCACUGCUUGCCAAGUCGUCAGGGAGCAGGGAAGGUGACCUGGCCUCAGUUUCCCCUCUCCUCGGCUGGGGAGCACGCUGCCGGGCUGGAGAUGAUGGUUUUCCCGGGAUGGUGAGGAGCUGGGAUGCUCCUGCCUUUGUCUGAGCUCUGUUCAGUUUUUUAAAAACUGGUGGGUGACGGAAGAAGGAGCAAAGAUCUUGUGGUCGGAGCUUUGCUGCUUUGUUCCUCCAUCCCUGUCUGCCUCAUCGGCAGAAAUCUCAGUUUUUGUAGCUUUCCGAAUGUAAAUGGUUCAACCCACUGUUUUAUACACCCAGCACAUUUGUAAAUACUUAUUUAUUUAUUGGAAAUAUACCCUAUGCAGUGCACAAUCACAUGGUGAUUUUGUGUGUAAGACCAAUAAAGCUUUUACAGUCUGGUUUA